UGCGAAGUACAAAUGUAAAGAGACAUCGGUUAAAAGACAGAAAGAAGCAUUUAGUUGUGGUUGGUUGAGGAUAAGAGAUGGGACACGUAAUUCGACAGCUGCUGAUAAACCCUCCUUCUUCCUCGUCCCUUCUCCGGUGCCGGACUACUCUCGACUCAAACUAUGUCUUCUCUCUGAGAACCUCAGUUACCAAAUGCAAGGGCAGAUUCUCUUGUCUUUUCUCCGGCGGCAACCAGAGGGAGGAGCAAGCUCGUAAAGCACUGGAAAGCGCUCUUGGUGGGAAGAAAAAUGAGUUCGACAAGUGGGACAAAGAGAUUAAGAAGAGAGAAGAAUCCGGUGAUGACGGAAAUGGUGGCAAGGGAGGAGGAGGAGGCUGGUUUGGAGGCGGCGGCGGCUGGUUCAGUGGUGAUCAUUUCUGGAAUGAAGCACAACAGAUCACCAUUACUCUCUUAGCAAUACUUUUCGUGUAUAUGAUAGUUGCGAAAGGUGAAGUAAUGGCUGCAUUUGUGUUAAACCCGUUGCUGUACGCGCUGCGAGGAACACGAGAAGGUUUGACUUCUUUAAGCUCCAAGCUCAUGGGAAGACAAGCUUCUAAAGUGAAUGGUGCUAGCUCAGAGGAGAUAUGGAAGGACAGCCAGGUCUCUGCUAAAGAAAGCGUUGUCCGAAAAUGGGGAAGUGACUGAAACAAAAAGUUCAUAAAGUUUAGUCAUUGAAGUCUUUGAAUGUUUUUCUUCUUUCGGUUUCUUUUAAAUAUCAAGAUGAGAUCAGUUUUUGUAAUAAAUGAUAUUUAGGCCUGCUACUUCGGUUUUCCGACACCAAACCGAGUCAUUUUUUUUUUUUGGUUUUCAGUUUACUGUAGUUUUUAAAAAUAAUUCCGAAAUAAACUGAAUAAUAUUACGGUUUGGCUAUCA